GAUGCAUGAUGCCUGCUGAACUUAGCUUCUUUGGAGAGAUUGAUGUUCUCACGACUCAUGGUGAAGUGGACAAUGUUGGUGAAUGUGAUCGCUGUUGGUAGAGGUCGUUUAUUGCUAUUGAAUACUUCUUCUAUGUAUCUUUGGGUUUGCUUAUUCACAACAACCAAAAAUGCUGUGUUGUGAAAAGGAAACGCAUGUAGUUUUCUGACCUAUCGCAUGCUCACACUAAACAUAGGUAAGUAGAUUGGUUUGUCAUGUAAUGUAACUCUUUACAUAUGCUGCCUAUAUCUAAUGGAAACAGGAAAAAGAGCUUCUCAUUUAGUUAUAUCUCGAGCUUUUUUCAUUACGAGUGAUGUUUCAUGUGUCUGCUUUCAGCUUUUUUUUUUUUGGAAUCUUCCCCAAUAAAAUAACGCCAUUCCAAGGUGACUCGUCAUUUCCUCGCCAAGUUUUGUAUAACCAGACAUUUUUUGGAAAAUGUUGAAAGGAGUUUUUAAUAAAAAAUAAAAAUUCGAGAUAUCUUUUGGAAUUCAUUAAGAAGUGGGGACGUAAAACAUGAUUAACCUUUAAAAUAAUCAUAACUUUUUAGAAAAAUAUUACUUUUAGCUCCAUUUUUUUAAUUGGAAACUAGAAUCAUACAGCUUUCCAAAGGCACACAACUAUGAACAUAAUUCACUUCCAAAAGUUGAUGGACAAACUAAAAUUUAAGUUGAUGGACAAACUAAAAUUUUGUGAUUAAUUUUGUUAGGUGAAGAAUUACAGAGGACAGCACAAAUGGACUCACUCUAUGGCUCGUUAUAUUUGAAACACAAAUUUCAAAUGGAAAUUAAAUAUGACAUAUAUGAUUCAUAAACUUGUUAUUUAUGUCUGUACUGUAACGGUUUCAGGUUUUGAUUCCAAUAACUUUAGAAUUCAUACCAAUUUAAAUUCUUUGAUAAGUUACAUAUCAUUAGAAAGAUUCUGCAAUCAGUUCAAAUUCCAUUUACAAGAAACCCAAAAACAUGAUAAUCUCCAUCUACUGCUAGCUACUUCUCCCAUUCCCUUUUUUGCUCUCAUGUGCGAAAAUGACAAACAAUAAUAACAAUAACCAUAACAAUAGCAAUACCAAUAACAAUAACAAUAGACAACAGCAGCAGCCGCCACCACCACCGUCGCAUCCAGCGCUCGAGCAGCUUCCCGGAGUCCAGUACUGCAUCAACAGUUCACCACCUAUGCUGGAUGCAAUUUUGUUGGGGUUACAGCAUUAUGUUCUGGCGCUUGGCUCAACUGUCUUAAUCCCAAGUUUGCUAGUUCCUCAAAUGGGUGGUAGUGAUAAAGACAAGGCAGAGGUGAUACAAACCUUACUAUUUGUUUCUGGUGUAAACACUCUAUUGCAUUCCCUUUUCGGGACGAGGCUGCCUUCGGUCAUAGGCGGCUCUUACGCAUUCCUCAUCCCUGUGACUUCCAUUAUCCAAUCCAAGAGAUACGCAUCAAUGCAUCCUCCCGGGCAGAGAUUUGUGCUAACAAUGAGGGAGAUACAAGGUGCUUUGAUCAUGAGUUCUUGUUUCCAAAUGAUCUUCGGAUUCACCUGCUUGUGGCGCAACAUAACAAGGCUGCUUACGCCUUUGUCCACCGCCCCUCUGGUUACUUUUACUGGACUUGGUCUCUACUAUCUUGGCUUCCCACAGAUAGCUAAAUGUUAUGAAGUCGGCCUGCCAGCGCUUGUCUUAAUCUUUGUUUUCUCGCAGAUUAUCCCAAAAUACAUGAAGAGGCCAAUGUGCGACAGAUACGCUCUGCUUAUAUCCGUUGCAAUCGUGUGGAUGUAUGCCGAGAUCCUAACAAUGAGCGGCGCUUUCAAGAAAUCGAAGCAAGCUAGCUGCCGCACUGAUGGCUCCGGCCUCAUUCGCUCCACGCCUUGGUUGUACAUACCGUUUCCGUUUCAAUGGGGGCCUCCAACUUUCACAGCUGGAGAAACUUUCACAGCCAUGAUCGCUUCAUUUGUAGCUCUCAUUGAGUCGACUGGCUCGUUCAUCGCAGCAGCCAGAUACGGCAGUGCAACGCCGGUGCCACCUUCAGUGAUCAGCCGAGGCGUCGGCUGGCUGGGGAUUGGAACUCUGCUCAAUGCCCUCUUUGGCAGCAUCACCUGCUCUACAGCAACAGUAGAAAACGUAGGCCUCUUAGCCCUCACCAAAACCGGGAGCAGAAGAGUCAUUCAAAUUUCGUCCAUCUUCAUGAUCUUCUUCUCCAUUUCAGGAAAAUUUGGCGCCAUCUUCGCAUCAAUACCCCUACCGAUCAUAGCAGCGUCCUACUGCAUCUUCUUGGGCUAUGUCUCAUCUGCAGGCUUAGGGCAUCUCCAGUUCUGCAACCUAAACAGUUUCCGAACAAAACUGAUAGUGGGGAUCUCCUUCUUCGUGGGGAUGUCUCUGCCGCAGUACUUUAGAGAGCAUCAGCUGGUUUCGAGAGGCGGCCCCGUCCACACCCACGCACGAUGGUUCAACGACAUGAUCUCGGUGGUGUUGAUGUCCCAUGCGACUGUGGGCGGGGUGGUGGCGCUUGUGCUGGACUGCAGCCUCGAUCGUGGCUCGGAGCAGGCCAGGAAAGACAACGGUUCUUGCUGGUGGGAUAAGUUCAUUGUGUAUGGCAAGGAUAUCAGAAAUGAUGAGUUCUAUAAGCUGCCUGCCCACCUCAAUAAAUGUUUUCCAUCUUCCUAAUUUUCUUGAUGUUUUCCUAGUUGAUUUUUUUCUUUUCUUUCUUUUUGGAGAUAUCAAACUAUAUCGUUUUGCAUUUGAUGAUCAUGUUCUUAA